AUGGCAGCACGACCGCGAAGAAUUCAGAAACGCCUUUCAGAUAGUCCGAAAUCGAAGCGCCAACAACAAUGUCGCCGAAAAGAUAAUUUGUUCUUUAAAUCCUUCGAGUACUGUCAUGAGUGUGAUGCGGAUAUAUUUAUCAUGGUUCGAAACAAGCAAACUGGCCAAAUCCUAUUCUUUAACUCCAACAGCAACUGGCCCCCAUCACUGGAGGAGCUGGCUUCGUACUAUCCAAAGCCGAAACAGGUCACAUGGAAAGAGUUAGCUGCCAGAUACGCUACCGAAGAGUCACAGAAUGUUCCGAGUGACCAGUCACAAGCCCGGGCAACUGAAAAAAAUCACAAGUAG